AUGGCGGCUCGGGUGCAGCACCAGCUCGAGGACAUGGUCCCCGAGCUGCGCAGGUUCUCGGAACUGCAGCUGUUCACGGAAUCCGAGGUACAGGACAUAGUGAAGUGCCGCCGAAAGUACGAGUACGCUGUAAUCAGUACCGACCCCGUUUAUGCGCGAAACUCCUUCAGGGAGUACAUCCGGUACGAGGUGGAGCUCGACCGCCUUCUCCAGGAGCGGUUGCGGCAGGCGAAGUCCAAGGAAGAAAAGUCCGACGUGCGUUACAAUGUUCCCGCGGAGCACGGCAAGGUCCCCAUUAAGGUGACAGUGCGACGUCGCAUCCACCGCAUCUUCAACCGGUGCCUGAAAAGGUUCGGAACGGAAGUAGAGCUGUGGAAAGAGUACUGCGCAUUCUGUUAUCGCAUCAAGGCUUUCAAUGUGCUGAAUCGCGCCAUCAUGGGCGCCCUGUCGAAGAAUCCGACGUGCGAGGCGCUGUGGAAGGUGGCCACGCAGUACACCAUGACCCUGAAGGGCAGCGUGGCCGCACGUAGAGUGGUGAAAAUGGCCCUGCGUGCAAACCCGCGGAGCUUGUCACUGUUCACGCUGCUGUUGGAACUUGAAGUGCAGGUCACGCAGCGUCUUGCCGACUACGCCAAGUCCGGAGAGGACGGGAGCCCGGGCGAGGUGGACCCAGAAGAGAUCUCCACCAAGACCUGGAGCACCAUAAUGCGCCACGCACUUAAAUCGUUGAAAGGCAGUGACAUUUUUAAGAUGCUGUUCUUCGGAGCGACGGUCUGCGCGCGUGUACAGCGCGCGCCGGGUUUCGCGAAUGCGCUCGGCGACUACGGCGAGUUCUCCUCGCUGGUGUUCAACGAGAUGUUCAACCGGAGGCUGCCUCACCCCGUGCUGGGCCUAUACGUGUGGCAGCACCGACUGCUGGAAUCGCUGUUGGUGCACCGCAGCGAACCUUCCGAUGCAUGCCCGCCGCCUGAAACCGUCUUCGGCGAGAUGGUGGAGGACUGCGCGUCCAGUCCGGCAAUGAUGCCUGUCGUGUGCCGUUUCAUCAAUGUUGUAAUCGCGUCUGAGGAUGACACCACGCCAGAAGCGGGCGCAACGUCUGGUGGAGCAGACGAGCCCUCGUGGGUGAUGGACGUAGACGGCUCGCAACCGGACGUCACAAGCACCAAUAAGCGCUCCGCCACCGAAUCUGCACCUUCGGAAUCGGACGACCCAGAGAUAGACGCUUGCUGCGGUGGCAUUGAUAGCGUGAAGGAUAUAUGCUUCCUGAGGCCAACGUCAGACGGAUUUGAAAGCUCGACACAGCAGUGCGAAUACGUGAGGGGGAUGAUAGAUGCAAAGCAGCUGCGGGCUCUCGGCGCUUUGUUCCGAAAGCAUUUCGCGGGCGUAGUUAGCGCAUCAGCAUCCAAGUUAGGCCCUAUCGCCCUAAGAUCGCAAGGUAACGAUAUCGCGGAGGCUCUGCUGUCAUCGGAUGACGACCUAUUGCGGCUAGUUGCGUUACAAGUAACGCAAAGCACCGCGAAAUCGCACAGCGUCUCCGGAUAUAGUUUGGCCAUCGAGUUUUCUCGUCACGUGGACUCGGCAUGCCUCGCACCGUUCGUCGCCAUGGUGAAUCGGAGCAUCCUGCAUAGCCUCAGGAGCACCCAUAUCAAGGAGAGCUCGAAGUCGGGCAUGCUUAUACGCCUUAUAGAGUGGGAGCAUCUCUCAGACGCUGCUAAAAUUGAAGCCGCGCGUAACGUGUCCGUCGACCUCACGAGGCAGCAAUUGCUUCAGGGCGUGACGGCCGCAGUCAAGCUGGCGGGGAGCGACGCGCACCUGGUGGAAAUUGUCGUGCAUCUGCUCGAUUUGAGCGCAAAGGUUAUCAUCGACGAUUUUACGGGGUCCGGAGACCUCGUGGCUACAGUUUUUAAUGCAGUGAGCAAAAGAAUAAUCGACCCCGUCGGCCACCUCCGCCAGUACCGCACCAACAAUCGCAGCUCGCGGAAUGCGGCCCUUCUGUGCGUAGUGAUAUCGUUCUGGCAGGUGGACUGCACUAUGUCCAGCCUUAAGGAGAAGCUCGGUGGAAACGGCUUCGGCGGUUUCACGAGCAAACGUUCGGGCGCGUCGCCGGCCGCGUACGCUAAGGAAGCACGCGAGGUCAUAAAUCUGUGCGAUGCCGCAGUUAUGGCUUGCGAUUCAGUGAACGUUAGUGACGUCGGCCUUAAGUUGGGGCUGCGCAACCGCUGUUGGCAGCUCUACGUGCAGUGCGCCAAAGCACUGGAGCAGCUGGACUUCGAGACCAUGGUUUUGAACCUGCACAGCUACAACUUCUCGUCGGAUGCUGUUGCCGCGCGUGCGUACGCGCAGUUGGGCUCGGCGUUCGUCACGAACAGUGUAUGA